GGGACCCUGUGGACAAGGAUGGGACACCCUGAAUGGUGGCCCCCAGGGCCUGGCCUGCAACACCAUGGAGAGUCUGAAUCAUCUUUGCUGAGGCCAUGAGGGGCUAUCAUGGCGACCGAGGCAGCCAGCCCCGCCCUGCCCGUCUGCCUGACUCGCCCACGGACUACGGCCCCACAGCCCCGGGCUCCCGACCCCCGUACCUCCUGGGCCCCGGUGAACCUUACCCCGCGGACCCCCGAUACUGCCCUUCACGGGCUGGUCCUGGCCACCUCUCACCCGACGGUCCCCUGAGUCUGAGCGAGCCACCUUCUGCAGGUCCUGACGGGGGGCUGGGCCCUGGGCCAGGGCCUGGUGGGGCAGGCAGCAGCACCUUCCCCAGGAUGUUCCCUGGGCAGGCCCCCUUUGAUGGCUGUGAAGACUGUGUGGGUCACCCUCCAGGGAAGGUUGCUGCCCGCCUGCCCCCGACACUCCUGGACCAGUUUGAGAAGCAGCUGCCUCUGCAGCAGGACGGUUUCCACACCCUGCCAUACCCACGAGGGGUGGCGGGUGGCAGCGGCGGCACCGGGGCUGGCUCUGGCACUGGCGGGGGUGCCCCCGAGCCCCGAAGUGAGAGCCCCAGCCGCAUCCGCCACCUGGUCCACUCCGUCCAAAAGCUCUUUGCCAAGUCCCAUUCUCUGGAAGCUCCAGGGAAGCGGGACUACAACGGGCCCAAGGCAGAGAGCCGGUCUGGAACCGGGUCGGGGAGCGAGGGGUACGCCGGUCACCAUUCCCCACACGGACCCCCGCACCACCACCACCACCACCACCACCACCACCACCACCACCAGUCCCGCCACGGCAAGAGGAGCAAGAGCAAGGACCGUAAGGCCAAUGGGCGGCACACCCCCAAGUCCAUGGGCUGGUGGAGCUCAGAUGACAACCUGGACAGCGACAGUGGCUUCUUGGCAGGCGGGAGGCCCCCAGGAGAGGCUGGCGCCCCCUUCUGCCUAGAGGCACCUGACGGGACCUUCCGGGACCUGAGCUUCAAGGGGCUCCCAGGCGGGCCUGAGGGCCGGUGCCUGGCCUGUACUGGCAUGUCCAUGUCACUGGACGGGCAGACGGUGAAGCGCAGUGCCUGGCACACCAUGAUGGUCAGCCAGGGCCGGGAUGGGCUCCAGGGGUCCGGGCCAGGCAAGGGACUCCUGGGGCCUGAGACCAAGGCCAAGGAUAGGAGUUACCACUACCUUCAGGUGCCCCAUGAUGAAUGGGGGGGUUAUCCAACCGGGGGCAAGGAUGGGGAGAUCCCAUGUCGAAGGAUGCGGAGUGGUAGCUACAUCAAGGCCAUGGGGGAUGAGGACAGUGGCGAUUCAGAUGGCAGCCCUAAGAUGUCUCCAAAGGGAGCUGCCCGCCGCUAUGCCUAUCGCCGUUCAUCCAGUGUGGACCAGGCUCGAAUCAACUGCUGUGUGCCGCCUCGGAUUCACCCCCGGACUGGGGCCCCUGGCUACGGCCGCUCCCUUACCACAGGACAGCUCAGCGAGGAGCUAAGCCAGCAGUUUGAGGCCGUGUGUGGGUCAGUGUUUGGGGAGCCUGAGUCUCAGGCAGUGGACGCCCUGGACCUACCCGGCUGCUUCCGUAUGAGGAGCCACAGCUACCUCCGGGCCAUCCAGGCCGGCUGCUCACAGGAUGAUGACUGCCUGCCCCUCCUCACUGCCCCCAUGGGAGCAGGGCCAAGCAGCGUCCUGAAGUCCAGCACCUCCUUUAACUUCAGAAAAGCCCCACCGCCCAUCCCUGCAGGACGACAGACUCCACCACGCAUUUCCAUCACGGCCCAGAGCAGUACCGAUUCUGCCCAUGAGAGCUACCCACCCCCUGAGGGCCCCACCUGGGCUCCUGAACCCACCCGGCGCUGCAGCUCUGCUGAUGGCUUGGAUGGCCCCCCAACAGGGACCCGGACCCUUGAGUUGGCACCAGUCCCAGCUCGGGCUAGUCCCAAACCUCCCACCCUCAUCAUCAAGACCAUCCCUGGGAGGGAAGAGCUUCGUAGCUUGGCCAGGCAGCGUAAAUGGAGGCCUUCCAUUGGGGUACAGGUAGAGACCAUCUCAGACUCUGACACAGAGACAAGAAGCCGGAGAGAAUUCCACUCCAUCGGGGUCCAGGUGGAGGAGGAUAAGAGGCGAGCCCGGUUCAAGCGUUCCAACAGCGUGACUGCCGGAGUACAGGCAGACCUGGAGCUGGAAGGCCUGGCUGGCUUGGCAACUGUAGCCACAGAGGACAAGGCUCUGCAGUUCGGCCGCUCCUUCCAGCGGCAUGCUUCUGAACCCCAGCCGGGGCCUCGAGGUCCUGCCUACUCUGUCUUCCGUACCGUCCACACGCAGGGCCAGUGGGCUUACCGUGAGGGCUAUCCAUUGUCCUAUGAGCCACCUGCCCCAGAUGGGCCUCCUGGCUCUGGCCCAGCCCCUGCCCCGACUCCGGCCCCGACUCAUGGUCGCCGAGACUCGUGGAUGGAGCGUGGCUCCCGCAGCCUCCCUGACUCUGGCCGGGCCUCCCCCUGCCCCAGGGAUGGUGAGUGGUUCAUCAAGAUGUUGCAGGCAGAGGUGGAAAAGAUGGAGCACUGGUGCCAGCAGAUGGAGAGGGAGGCAGAAGACUACGACCUGCCCGAGGAGAUCCUAGAGAAGAUCCGGAGCGCAGUAGGCAGUGCCCAGCUUCUUAUGUCACAGAAGGUGCAGCAGUUUUUCCGGCUGUGCCAGCAAAGCAUGGACCCAGCCUCAUUUCCUGUGCCCACCUCCCAGGACCUGGCUGGCUUCUGGGACCUCCUGCAACUUGCCAUCGAGGAUGUGAGCCUCAAAUUUUUGGAGCUGCAGCAGCUUAAGGCCAACAGCUGGAAACCCCUGGAGCCUGAGGAGGAGAAGAAGGUCCCUCCCCCGAUACCAAAGAAGCCCUCUCGGGGGCGGGGGGUCCCAGUGAAGGAUCGUUCCCUGGACUCUGUGGACCGGCAGCGGCAGGAAGCUCGGAAGAGGCUUCUAGCAGCCAAGCGGGCAGCCUCUUUCCGCCACAGCUCAGCCACAGAAAGUGCGGACAGCAUAGAGAUCUAUAUCCCCGAGGCCCAGACCAGACUGUGACCUGCCAGACCCUGCCCAAGGCCCUGCCCGCCUGCCACCUGCGGCCCCUUGUUUUCUAUCUGUACUGUACAUACACAGCGUAGAGGUCACUGUGAUACCGGGGCCCCCCCAGGGCAGAGGUGGGCCCAGCCCUCUGUGUCCCCCCAGGAAGCCCCACGGACCCUUGCCUUCCCAGACCCUGGCCUGGUCUGGCCCUAUCACAGUUUCUGGGUUUGGUUUUUUUACCUUCUGGGUCCCAAGCUAAGACUCCUUUGGGGGAGGAAGGGAGUCCUCCCCUCUAAACACACACCUCCUCACCUAGAACUACCCCUUUGCUUCCUUUCCCCUCUGGGCCAGGGUCCCCUUCUCUGCUUUCUCCUCCACUGGCUGCCUCAGGCACUAUCUCUGCCAUCCUAUCUCCUUCCCUGCUGGGCGGGGCCAGGCCAGGCCCCCCGCCCUUCAGGCUCCAUGUCCCUCCCCUCCCCGCGGGGCUGGGCUUCGUGGGGACUGAGCUUUCUGGCUUUUAACACCCCCUUUUUAUGAAGAUUUCUGAACCUCCCCCCAGCAGAGGGGAAUCCCCAAACCCAGCCAUCCAUCCUAACGGGCUGGGGAUAGUGAUCCCCACCCUCCCUUGCCAGGCCUGCUGGGGACCACAGUGGCUGGACCAACCCAGGAGAUGCCAUGCCCCAUUCUCCACCUGCUGCAGGGAAGGGAGGGUGCUGGGAGAGGUGGGAGGCUUCCCCUCCCCCCCAACUCCCAUUCCCUGGACCCACCUUGACUAUACCAGGAGGAAUAAAGCGGCGGUGGAGGC